GAGAGAAUUAAGCAAUAUUGUUUUGGAAAUCAUUACUUCCCUUUUAGUGCUGUUCAAACAAUUCUUGGCCAUUCCUCAUCUUCUACUCAUACGAUUGAAUGAAUGAAUUCUCUGAUCUAGAACAAACCAGGAGGGGGAGUUGGAUAUGGUGAUAAUCUCUACUAUUGAAUUCAAUUCUGUCUGUCCUCCUACGGAAAAUCCUCAAACAUCUUCUUCACCUCAACCCACUAACCUCCUCAAAGACGAACCUCACCACAGUCUAGCAAGCGAUCCCUAAUUGGUUAUCUUAAGAAAAUAAGGAAUUCCUGGCUGUUUUACGAAAGAUCUUCGAAGACCAACCUGGCGAGUUCAAGCUGGUGUGAGGCCGCAAGAUCGGAGGAGGUUAGCUUGUGUAAAACAGACGCUAGACCUAUUAAAGCUCGAAUAAUCAUCGAUCUUGACCUACUAGCUAGAUAUAGACGUCAUUUUCAGAUAUUGACAGAUAUAUGCAAUUGGAACUAACUUACCAAGGAAGUGUUAAUUCUUCAACUCCUCGCACUUUCGGGAGAAGAAAGUCGUUGAAGAAAACCUUUUGAAAUCGCAGACUUACCACAGUGAUGGCUCGAAUUGCCCCAACUACUCAAGCCGACGCAGUCAUCAUGGCUGAACAAAAGUCAACUGCUCACAAUUAUGCAGUUACCCAAAAAGAAAGAAAGUCAACCUCACCAGCCUUGCUUCCCAUUCCACCAGAAAUAAUGAGGAUGAUAGCAGGAUUUCUUCCGGAAAUUUAUGCUGCUAGUCUUACUUUUUGUAGCCGCAGUAUGAAAGAAGUACUCGGAGACCAGUACUUGAAGGCUAUGAAAAAUCCUCCAACUCGAACAUUUCAUUUCUUGCCUAAAGUUGAUCGUAAAUUUGUGGCACUUUUGGCGAGAGACCUUCCUCAACACUUUGCAUGCUUCGACUGUGCUCGCAUCCAUCCAACACGAAGGAUCAAAUGGCCCAAUAAUACCAAAGACCAUCUCGGCUGUGCUGAGUGUGUUCGGAGUAGGCCGCCUGUUCAUUCUCCCAAGUUUUUGUUGUCCUUUGAAAUAUAUUUCCCUCAAGUAUAUUUGGCAAUGAAGCAACAUCGAUCCGGCAUCGAUAUUGGAUUUCCCCUAGAAGCUUUUCGACACCUGGAGAUUAAAUAUAAUCAGCGCACGAGAAAAACGACUUUAUUAUCUGUUGAUGCCCGGUUUGGCGGCGAUGAGCUUCUGUUGCGGUCUCAAACUUGGAUUCUUCUCCCUCGGAGCCAAAAAGACAGAACCGCCGAGGAGUUAGCUAAAUAUCGAAUGUCGGUUAGAUUCUGUAGACACUCAGAUUCAGACUCGUUGGGACUCAUAGUAUCACAACUUGUGAGAAGUAAACUUUCCCAUACGCCAACACUUCAAUGCAAUUGUUGUUGGACCGACUUUGUGGUGCGUUUAAAACAUUGUGGAGAGAGAGGAAUUGCGGUUAUAAUUACAAGAUGGAUCAAUCUUGGAACUGGUCUAAACCCCGAAGAUUUGAAGUGGCAUUAUUAUAUCCGAAGAAAGGGUCAACGUGACAAAUAUCGUCCAGUAGACGUCCAAAAAGCUUUCGAAGACCAGGAAGGAUUAUCGAUGGACGAGUUAACUUCUGGUAACCAAAUGAAAUUGUUCUUGGAGACGAAAAAUCAAAUGUCUUUCUGGGGGUCAGAUAGCCUUGCUUAGGAGUGGAUUGAACAGCAGGCGUGGCACUUGAACUCGUAGGGACCAACUCGAAUGAGGUUUAUGGAAAUAUUCAACGAGAGCUGCGAAUGCGAGAUGAUGUCUUGAAAGCAGUAACGUAUUGGAAGGAUGUGAUGUAGGCGAUCUUAGAGAGCAAUCAGAGCCAUCUUAUGUUUAAUAUAAGGCUCUCUUAAGGAUACUUGAUAUUUUAACAGACGAUAAUAACCUCAUCUAGCACUAUUUUAUGUAUUGGUACCUCGUCUCAUCCUGUAUGGUAGAUACAUACUUGUAGUAUUGCACUCACCAUCAUGGAAUCUGGAAGUGCCAAGGAAUCAUAAUACGAAACCUGUUAGGAAAUCUUUCAGAGCUUCA